UUCCUUUGCAAUGCGCAAAAAGUAAGGCGUCGAUUCGUCGACACUCUGGAAAGCCGCCAACGCCCGAGAAGCAGCGAAUCUUUUUCCCCCACUCAAUUCCUUUUUUUUUAAUCAUCAAUCCCAAAAAUCCGCCAUUUUUUCCCCAUUCUCAAAACACAACAAAAGAGCUCUCUUCUUUUAUUUCUCUCUCUCUCUCUCUCUCCGGUUUCUGUUCCGCCCGACGCCAUUACCGGCGUCGUUUCAAUUGGCUGCGGAGAAAACAACCGAGAUCUCUCCGCCUUCCCCGGAGAUGAAAGUCACGACGGCCAUGGGGAAUUGUAGUGUUGGAAACUGUAAAUGUAACCAUAAUCAGAAUUACGAGUUUGAUAAGGAUGCGGAUUCGUCGUCCGUCACCGGCGGCGGCGCCGGCGGCGGCUCCGGGGAGGAUGUCGACGGGGAUGCAAGCGGAAGUGGAAGUGUAGUUGUGGUUGGAGUGAAAAUGGAUUCUAGAAGUAAGGAGUUGCUUACAUGGGCUCUGGUUAAGGUGGCCAACUCCGGAGAUCGCGUCAUUGUCGUUCAUGUCAUUGAUCCCAAAACUGGUACCGGUUUAUUGCAUGCUUUUUUGCUAAUUGUUGAUGACAGGGAAUUUUCGUGGUUUUUUUUUUUCCAUGAUGGGAAAAAAAAUUAUUUUGCUUUACUUAAUUUCUCUGUUUUCUUUGUUUGGUUGCUUGCUUGAUUCGAGAAGAGGAUAAGACUUCAUUGCUUUUGCUUGUGAAGACAUUUGAUUCCGUGCUUGCUGCUUACGAUGGCUUUUGUAAUUUAAAACAGGUAACACUUGUUUAUCACUUUUUCCACUCUCUUCGAGACUGAAAUUGUUUAUCACUUGUUUAAAGUUGAAGGCAAAAUUGCUGAACCAAAGUUGAACAGUUCUGAAGAAAUUCGUGAAAAGAAAAUUUUUACUGUUAGAGUAGUUUUUACAGUGGUUGCAAUUGAUCUUUUAGUUAGUUUCUCCUAUUCAAGUUAAAAACAUUUUGUGAGGGAGACUGAAGUUAUUUGGGAGAAACAAUUUUUCUGGGGUUUGAAUUGGUUUGUGAUUUUUAUCAAGUUUAGGAUGAAUGUGUAAUACUUUAAGGAGAAUGGGUAAUGUUUUUUCCCCUUCAUAAUUUGUGUUGAUUAAGAUUGGUGUUAUUUGUGACUUUUUUCUAAUAUCUGAAUUAAGAUUGGUGUAUAGUUUAGAGAAGGUAUAAGGAUGAUAUUGGUUCUGGACUUGUACUCAAUUUGACUUCGCGUGGACCUAACUGUUGAGGUUGAUAUAUUUUUAUUUAGGUUGAUCUUAAGCUUAAGGUUAGCAGAGGUUCCCCAGUCCGCAAAGUUUUAGCCCAAGAGGCAGUGUCUCAGGGUGCUAUGAGCUUAAUCGUUGGGACUUCAAGAACACAACGCCCAAUGCACUCAGCAGUUGCAGUGGCCAAGUAUUGUGCCAGAAGUGUUGGACAGAAUAUAUCAGUUACAGCUGUGAAUAAUGGCAAGAUAUUGUUUCAUAGGGAAGCAGCGCCUUCAGUAGGCUUCAAUUUACAAUGUUUUCAUGCAAAGGAAUUCGAAAAAGGGAGGAAGGAAACUGUGAAUGAUAAUCUUACCUUGCCAAAAGCAUUUACCCGUGUGGGUCCGUCUUCACAGUUGUCAUCAUCAAGUGGUGGUGAAAUGGGUGACUCCCUGGCAUUGGUGCCCUUCCGAAACCAGGAAAAACCUGAAGCAAAGGCGAGAUGGGCUCUGCUUCGUAAGGUUCUUGUCAGGAAACAGAAGGUAUCUGCACAAUCUCCAGUCAAGAAGAGAUCUGUGAUGCAUUGGAUAUUGAAGUUACCAAGCCAGAAAUCCUUUGCAGUUGUUAGUCCUGUUCAAGAACAGAAUGAUUUAAAUAACAAUUUAAAUAUUGGGUGUGAUGAUCUACCCAUCUCACAUCCUUCUACUUUCAGUGUGGAGAUCUCCCCUAAAGAACUGGAGGGCCUUUCAGAGAAGUACUCGUCGGUAUGCCGAUUAUUCAGCUAUCAGGAACUUCUUACAGCGACAUCUAAUUUUAAAGCUGAGAAUAUGAUUGGAAAAGGUGGUAGUAGUCAGGUUUACAAAGGGUCUUUUCCAGAUGGUAUGGAACUGGCUGUCAAAAUCCUCAAGCCAGCAGAAGAUGUUUUUCAGCAAUUUGUUUCUGAGAUAGAUAUUAUAACAAGUGUGAAUCACCGAAACAUAAUCACCCUAGUCGGGUUCUGUAUCGAGGAUAACAAUCUACUGUUGGUGUAUGAACUUUUAUCCCGAGGAAGUUUGGAAGAUAAUCUUCACGGCAAUCAGAAGAUCAGUAAUUCAUUUGGUUUGGAAGAAAGAUUUAAGGUUGCUCUGGGCGUUGCUGAGGCGUUAGAGCAUUUGCACAAUGAAGCAACUGAACCUAUCAUUCAUAGGGAUGUGAAAUCUUCAAAUAUUCUGCUUUCUGAUGAUUUUGACCCCAAGUUGGCAGAUUUUGGGCUCGCUGUGUUGUCGUCGAGUUCCUCCCAUCCAAUUCAAAGCAUUGAUGUUGCUGGAACAUUCGGAUAUUUGGCACCAGAGUAUUUUAUGCAUGGGAAAGUGAUUGACAAAAUUGAUAUCUAUGCAUUUGGAGUUGUUCUGCUUGAGCUUUUGUCUGGUAAAAAGCCGAUAGACAAUGGACAUCCAAAGGGCCCUGAAAGCCUGAUUACUUGGGCAAAGCAGAUUCUGAAAGAAGGAAAGGUUUGUGAUUUGUUGGAUUCAAGCUUGAAGAAUUCUUAUGAUUCUGAUCAAAUUGAUAAGAUGGUCUUAGCUGCGAGCCUUUGUAUCAGACGUUGUGCUCAAUCUCGUCCUAGUGUUGGCAUUAUUGUUAAACUCCUUCACGGUGAUCAAGAAACAAUUGAGUGGGCGAGACAACAGGUCAAUAGUAUCGAUGAAGUUGAUUCUUCGGAGGGUGAACAUUCUUCCACAAACAUCCAGUCUUUCAUUAACCUUGCUUUACUUAAUUUGGAGGAUGAUACCCAUUCCAGUAGCAGCACAGAUAAAACAAUUUCUGUCGAAGAUUAUCUACAUGGAAGAUGGAGCCGCUCAUCAAGCUUUGAUCAAACAUUGAUGUGAACUAUCUGAAAGUUUUAGCAUUCUUUCUUGUACAUAUAAGUUUCUCUUGUCAUUGUCUUUAGAAGGUCUUGGAUGAGAGGUUCUGCACAAGUUAAGACCUCCUCCUCUGCCUGAGUUGUCCGUCCUUUUGUAGUAAUUUGGGCUUCUUUUUUGGAUUGUUUUAGGAAUUUAUUCUGCCAAUGUCCAUGUGAAUGUCAUUAAGUAAAACCAUCUGUUUGGCAAUCUGCAGUUAGGUUUCUUGUAACACGGUGAAGUGAGGUAUAUAAAGGAGUAUUGCAUUUUAUUUUUUUUAAAAAAAUGGAUUGGUGAUGUUCUUUUUA